AUGGCUUGUCAACAGCGAAAGUGCACUUCUAAAGCGAUGUUUGCUGAGGAUACAUCAUACAUUUACAAUCCGAGGCUUGCCAAGAGUUCACUUGGAGAUAAAAAUGAGAGAAUGCCCUUCAACUAUAGAAAAAAACAAACAACUAGAAAGAGAAGCAAUUUAGAUCUGUCAGUAAUAAAAAAUGCUUUAGGUGACAUUGAUCAAGGAAAGUCUAUCCGAGGUGUUGCUUUGGAAUAUGGAAUUGACAGAAAUACCUUAAGAAAUUAUUUAAGAGACAGGUCUAAAUUGACUAAAAUAAGUGAACAAGGAAGCCAGUUUAAAACAUCUAUGAUAUUUACAAUCGAAGAAGAGAAGGCGCUUGUUGAAUAGCUUGCAGCAAAAUGAAUUAUGGAUUAACCAGACAGGCGACUAUGCAGCUAGCAUAUGAAUAUGCAACAAUGAAUUCCAAAAAGGUUCCAGAUUGUUGGACUUCCAACAACUGCGCAGGAAAAGAUUGGUUCCGGGGAUUUAUGACAAGAAACCCUGAACUAAGUUUGAGAACCCCAGAAGCCACCAGUUUAUCCAGAUCAACCAGCUUCAAUAGAAAAAACGUUACUGAUUUCUUCGAGAACCUCAAAGAAGUUAGAGAAAAAUACCAAUUUGAAGCACAUAACAUCUAUAACUGUGAUGAAACAGGGUGUACGACUGUACAAGAGUGUCCCAAAGUAAUAGCGAGCAAGCAUAUGCGUCAAGUAGGACAAGUUACUUCAGCUGAACGCGGCAGCCUUGUGACCGUUUGCAUCGCUGUGAACGCUCUGGGAAAUGUUCUUCCUCCAUUUUUCAUUUUCCCUAGGGUUAGAUACAAC